AUGGCACCAGAAAUUAAAUAUACAAAGUUGUUCAUUGACAACGAGUGGGUGGACGCUAAAAGUGGCAAAACCUUCGAGACAUACAACCCUCAUGAUGGAUCCGUCAUCGCGAAAGUCGCAGAGGGUGAUAAGGAAGAUAUAGACUUGGCAGUUGCUGCAGCAAAGCGUGCAUUCCAUCGUAACUCAGAAUGGCGUCUGAUGGACGCCUCCAAACGUGGAGAAAUUCUUCGCAAGUUUUCUGAUCUCAUCGAGAGAGACCAGAAGUACCUCGCUGAGCUAGAAUCCUAUAAUAAUGGUAUGGUACUAGCCCACGCCAAAACAUUCAUCGGUGGAGCUGUGGGUAUGGUCAGGUACUUAGCAAGCUGUGCUGACAAAGUAACAGGAGAAACUAUACCUUCAGAUGGCGAAGUAUUCUCAUACACCUUGAGACAACCCAUCGGUGUGUGCGGUUUAAUCCUACCAUGGAAUGGUCCGAUCUACAUCUUCGUUAGCAAAGUUACCACUGCUCUUGCUGCAGGUUGUACCGUGGUGGUGAAGCCAGCAGAACAGACACCACUUACAGCACUCGCGCUUGCUGCAUUAUUAGCUGAGGCCGGUCUCCCUAAGGGAGUGCUGAAUGUUGUCAACGGUUUUGGCCCUGGAGCUGGUAGCAGCCUCACUCACCACAGUGACGUCGCUAAGGUUUCUUUCACUGGCUCUGUUGAGGUCGGAAAACUAAUCCAGCAGGCGUCUGGUAACAGUAACUUGAAGAGAGUCACUCUCGAACUCGGUGGAAAGAGCCCUCUCAUAAUCAUGAAUGACGCGGAUUUAAACGUUGCUGUUCCUUAUGCCGCUAAUGCUGUAUUCUUCCAUCAAGGACAAAUCUGCAUAGCAGCUUCCCGUUUAUUCGUACAAUCUGGCAUUUACGACAAAUUCGUCGAAGCUGCUGUCAAGUACGCUCAGAGCAUUAAAGUUGGAAACCCAACAGAUCCCACACACAGAACGGACCUCAGAUUGACGAGGAAAUGA